AUGACUGCAAUAAUAUCAGAAGAAGAACCAAAUCAUAAUGAGAACCAUUCAAGGUCACCAUCAAUAGAUUCUGAUUCAUCAAACUCAACAAAAAGUAGAGAUAAAAAUCAAUCAUCAUCAAAUCUACGACCUUCAUUGCAAAAUUCUGUGAGAUCAGUUUCUACUUCAAAUAUAUCAAACAAUAGCAAUAAGAAAACUCAUCCUCCACCGAGACUUAAGACUCAUAAUAGAUCUUUAUCACACAAUAAGUUAUCGAAUAAAUUGUCAUCUUCAUCAUCAACAAAUAUAGCGAGACCAAACCUCAGUAGAUCAAAAUCCACAGAUGGAUUAAUGAAAGGGAGACAAAGUGCAGCAGCAUUGAAAAGAAAUAACAAAUCAUAUACAAAAAUUGCGGGGUUGCAACCAUUAACCAAAACAGUAUCGAAUCAAUCUUUGAAAUCGAAUAAAUCCAACACAUCAUUAAAACAAUUCGGUCUGACUUCAUCAGUAGGUUUAAAGUCAAAUGCAAGAAAAGGAAAAGCAGUAAUAAAUUUAAAUGAUGAUGAUGGAGAAUUUGAGGAUGUUGAUGAACCGCCAGAUGUUCCUGUUCCUGAAAGAUUUGAUAGUCAAGAAACGAUAUCUACUACUCAUCUGAAUUCUGAUCAAAAUAUUCCAAGUUUAUAUGAACAAAUUAAUAGAAUCUUACCAGAUCCAACACCAGAACAAGAAAAACCAAAACUUGAAGUAUUGGAGGAGAGUACUGAUAAAGAAGAACCGAAACGACCUGAUUUAAUAUCAUCAGUUCAAAGUUCUGCAGAGGAUUUCAAUAGUAAUUUAUAUGGGGGAUCACUUUUAUUAUCACAAUCAACAGGGGUAGUAAGAAAAAUAGAACCAAUGAGUUCUAAAAAUUAUCCAACUGAGCCAUUACCAGAAUCUGCAAGUGGUAUUUCGUUCAAAGCAAAUCCAAUGGAGUCAAACUUAGCAAAACCAGUAACUACAAAUCAAAAUGCUAUUCAAAAAAACUCAUAUCAACCUGAUCAAACUAUUUUCAAUAAUUUACAAAGAACUAAUAAUCAAUAUAUGCAAAAAAAGCCAACUUCAAAACAACUUCAAACACAACCACAACCAACAAAAGUAACGGGUAGUUUGAAAAAUGGGGCAAAUAAUUUCAAUGAAUUUUUACGAAGCAAUAACAGCAAUACAGAUCAAUUUCAACCAAAAAAUAUAGAAACUAGAACACAACAAAAAUUAUGGUUACAAAGGGAAAGUUCUUUAAUGGAUGUAACAAACAUGGACCCAACAAAAUCUAAUUUUUCGAAUUUAUCAUUAAAUAAUUUAAUGUUUUCUCAUAAUUAUCCUAAUUCAUAUGGUCUGCUGCAUGUGUUACCAUCGAGUGUUGGUCCAAUGACUCCAGUCACUCCUGGUGAUAAUUCUUCUCAAGAUGGUCAUAUGACAAAUUCAAAUAAUAAUUCAACCACGAAUAUAAACGGAUUGUUGUUAAUGGUGCAGAAUUCUCAUCAAAAUUCUAUACAAAUAAGAACAGAAUUUGAAAGACUUAAUAGAGAAUACCUAAAUGUUAGGAGAAACUUGAAUCCAAUAGCAGGAAGUUUGGAUAGAAUUGAAAAUUCCAAAAAUGAGAUCAAAGUUGUUAAAAGUAAAAAAAAUAGGACAGAAUCAAAUAAUGCAAACACUUUUGAAGAAUAUGCUCCUGCAAUACAAGAAAAACAACCAGAAAUUUCAAGUAAAGUCAAUAAAAUCUGGCAAGAUGCUAUAAUUUCAACUCUUUCCAACAAAAUUUCAUAUCAAGAUCAAAAUCAAAUGAUGUCGAGAUUAUCAUCAUUCAAUGGACAUCAAUCAUAUAAAAAUAGAACAACAACCAGACUUCAAAAUAAUGAAUAA